AUGGUGAAUCGGGGCGACAUCUCUCUCUCGCAUGUGGGUACCAGCGACAUGGUGGCCGACAUCUUCACCAAGGCUCUCGGCCCAAAGGUCUUCUCAACGCACUGCUACGCCCUCGGCCUUCGCACUCGACACCCGCGGCUUGGGUCUGCCUCGCAUUCGCGUGGGGGGGGGUGUGAAGAGUCCACUCUCAGCUCGACAGGGGCGCCUCGGUCGUUGCGCGCACUUGCUAGCCCGCCCCCGGCGGUGGGGACUUAG